CGAGACUGUUAUGCGGUUCCAUCCCAAAAAACGGGCUUGUGUCAUACCUCCUCUACAAAAGGAAACUAAUAACUGUGCUGUAUUUACUUGUUUUGUAGAAAGAAAAGAUCUCUUCUAACUCCAGGAUUUCACUUGGAAACCCAUCUUGUGUCUGGAACAGGGUAUUUACAGAACUCUUUCAAGGCUGGAGUUCCAUCCUUAUUCUAAACCUCUGCAGAACUAGAUCACAACAGCAUUCUGUUUGUAUUCUAACAGUGCCAUUCUCAAGCUCCAGUCCAUUUCCCAACUCUCUCCUCUCUGCCCCUCUCACAUUGUUUCAGCACCUUCUGCUCAGCCAGCUUAUCUGAACUUGACCUCAGUUCAAACUCCUGCCUCUUAGAGUUUUAUAUAACUCUUGGAAUUCAGAUUACCCAAAGUUAAGUUUAGUUUGUUGUGAAAUCGUCAGUCUCUCUUCCUUACUGUAGCAAGAUGGCUUCAAACUUGUGGUCAGAGGAUCAGUUUAGCUGUCCAGUGUGUCUGGAGAUAUUGAAGGACCCAGUCACUACAGCAUGUGGACACAGUUACUGUAUGGGGUGUAUUAAGAACUACUGGGAUCAGACUGAUCAUACAGGUGUCUACAGCUGCCCCCAGUGCAGAGAGACCUUUACCCCAAGGCCUGUUCUGCGCAGAAACACCAUGCUGGCUGAAGUUGUGGAAAAAUUAAAGAAGACAGGACUCAAUCCUCCUCCUACUCAAAGUUAUGCUGGACCUGGAGAUGUGCCGUGUGAUUUCUGCACUGGGAGAAAGUUCAAAGCUGUGAAAUCCUGUUUGACGUGCCUGGCCUCUUUCUGUGAAACACACGUCAAGCCACACUAUGAGGUUACUCCAUUAAAGAGGCACAAGCUGGUCAAUGCAAUUGGAAAUCUGGAGCAGAAGCUUUGUGCUGAACACCAGAAGGUUUUGGACAUCUUCUGUAGAACCGAUCAGACGUGUGUUUGUGUGUUGUGUAUUGACAAGGAGCACAAGAGCCAUGAUACAGUCUCAGCUGAGGCAGAACGGACUGUGAAACAGAAGCAGCUGGGAGAGACACAGACAGAAAUACAGCAGAGAAUCCAGGAGAGACUGAAAGAAGUGGAGGAUCUGAAACAGGCUGUGGAGUCACUGAAAAGAUGUGCACAGAGAGAAAUGCAGGAAAGUGGGAAGAUCUUUUCUGAGCUGAUCCAAUCCAUUGAGAAGAUCCACACUGAGGUUAUUGAGCUGAUUGGAGCUAACGAGAAGGCUGCAGUGAAUCAGGCUGAAGGACUCAUGAAGAAACUGGAGCAGGAGAUUGCUGAGCUAAGGAGGAGAAACGCUGAGCUGAAAGAGCUUUCAGAGACAGAGGAUCACAUCCAUUUUCUACAGAAUUUCCAGUCUCUCUGUGCCCCUCUUGAAGCUGGAGACUUACCCAGCGUUACUGUCAAUACAGACAUCUCUUUUGGAGCUGUGAGGAAAGCUGUAUCUGAACUUAAAGACCAUAUUGAGGACUUCUUCACAGGGGAAUUAGUCAAAAUAACCAAAACAGUGAAUGAAGUUGCUGUUUAUAGUCUGCAGGCUCCAGAGCCAAGGAACAGAGCUGAGUUUAUAAACUAUUCCUGUCAGCUCACACUGGACCCCAACACAGCGCAUCAAGAUCUCUGUCUUUCUGAAGGGAACACAAAGGUGACACUGAGGGGAAAGACCCAGCCAUAUCUUGAUCACCCAGAGAGAUUUGACUACUGGAUCCAAGUGCUUUGCAAAGAGGGUUUGUCUGGGACUCGCUGUUACUGGGAGAUUGAGUGGAGUGGGGAAGGGGCUUCUAUAGGUGUCGCGUAUAAAGGAAUCGGCAGGAAAGGAGAUGAUGAUUCCUUUGCCCUUGGAUUCAAUGACAAGUCCUGGAGUUUGGAGUGCGAUGAUUCCAGUUACACUGCUUGGCACAAUAACAAUAAAACUGACAUAAGUGCCCCCCACUCCCCCAGAAUAGGAGUGUUUCUGGACUUUAAUGCCGGCACUCUGUCAUUUUAUGGAGUCUCUGACACAAUGAUCCUCCUGCACAGAUUCCAAACCACAUUCACUGAGCCGCUCUAUCCUGGGUUUUGUCUUGAUUAUGAUUCCCCUGUAACAAUCUGCCAGCUGAACUAGACUGUUUCAUGUUUUAAGAAAACCUUCGUGGUGAACUCCCUGUCUGUCCUCUCCACUCCUCGGGUGAAGGGAAUGUUCAAUCUGACACAACUUUGGGUGAAAGUUAGGGGGUAAAAUAGCACCACCUGCAGAGUGAAACAAGGUGAAUUAUUUGUUUUUCACUUGGGGCCAAGGCAACCUCAUUUUUACUGUUUAAUCUGUUAGGUUAGUGUUUCUGUAAUUGUAAACACUCACAACUGGACAGGUGUUUAAGCAAAAAAUGUUCAAUAUGUCCUGAGUAUUUAUUGAUUGCAAAUACAUAAAGAGAAUCAAGUGGCAAACUUAGUUGGCAUCUCUGCACAGUGCUAGAAUUCCCACAGCAAGUACUGAUAAGUAUCUCUUAAGGUGAUUGUAGCUAACUAAAUAAUUCCAUAAUGUGUACCUAUAUUGCAUUUCCAUUGGCUACAUAGGUCACAAAUGUGCAGGUUUGAAAAACAUGAGAUCUGGUGCUACUUUAGGUUAAAGAAAGUUCUCAGUUUCUAUGCCUUAUUCUCAUGGUGCAUGUUUAUUAUACUAGGUGUUUCUUUCAACACUGCACAUUUGAGACCUAUAUAGCGAAUGGAAGUGCACAGCAGCUGAGAUUCAUGGGAUUAUUUUGUCAGCUCCAAUCCCUAUCAAUGUGAGGUCUUGUAAAUAGCAGCUCACAAUACUUGCCAUGUCCAAGGCAUGUCAAUAUAGUUUCUAGCAAAUUCCUGUAUACAGUAGAAUCCUGUUAGCUGAAUAGUGUUUGAACUUGUUGCUGGAAUCUAUGGUAACACUUUAUAUGAUGGUAUCAUUUUUAAAUAGUUUAUUCACAUGUUAUAGAUGCUUAAGAUGUUAUAAUGUUUUUAUAAUACUUUAUAGAACAAGUAAUACAGGGUAGUAACACUGUUUACUAAUGUGUUAUAAAUACUUAAUAGAUAAGAAAUCUGCAGUUAAUUAAAAUAUAAAACUAUAUUAGCUGUAAACACAUUUAGACAAAUCACAUUAAACAAAAAUUAUUUACACUA